AUGGACAGAGCCGGGCAAGUGUCCACUUCGACGGCGUCAGUGUCGACGGGCGCGGCCCCGCGGCCCGGGGCGCGCCGGCGCCCGGCCGGGCCUGAGAUGCCCGACGCCCACCCUCAUACACCCGCCUCGCGCAGGGUUCUCGUCUCUGGUUAUUCGAACUACACUCAGCCGCAAGAUUUACUUGACAUUUUUACAAAAUUUGGUAAUGUGAGAAUAGAUAAAUACAACAGUUGGUCUGCCACUCUCACAUACUCCAAUGAAGACGAAGUCAGAGCAGCUUUAAGUGCGAACAAGCGGCUCCACGUGUACGGACACUUCCUGUCAGUGAAGCCAUACUCCACAAAGUUGUCGUCCGAGGACAGUCGACCGCCACAUCAACCGCCCACGCCGAAACGCGAGUUUCCGCUUAGCAAAAAGAAAGGAGUCAUAUUGGAGCCCAAAAAGAUCGAUCUGACGGGUGACUUCCACACACAGCUGGAUAACAUCCUAUUUGCAGUGAGACUCAAGAUGGAAGAAGUGCAGUCUCUCAGCUUAUUGUACUCUGACCUCGAGUUAGCGCUGCAAGCACACUGGCCAGGUUGCAAAGCAAUACCAUUCGGUUCUAUAACGACCGGACUGGGCAUCAAAACGAGCGACGCGGACUGCUUCAUAAACAUCCCGGGCCAGUACCGCAUGCCCACCGGCAACUACGUGAACAAAGCCAAGCGAGUGCUGCAACAGUACCCCGGCACCUUCGCCGAGAUACUCGCCAUCCCCCGCGCCAACACGCCCAUCGUCAAGCUCUACCACAUCCCCACGCAGACCAACUGCGACGUGACGUUCAAGUCCCCGCUGGGCGCCCAGAACUCGCGGCUCCUGGCGCUACUGCUGCACGCCGACGCGCGCCUGCUGCCGCUGGCCGUGCUGCUGAAGUACUGGGCCAAGGCGCACGAGCUGACGGGCACGGGCAAGCUCACGAACUAUGCGCUGACGCUGAUGCUGGUGUUCUACCUGCAGCAGGCGCCGGCCGUGCUGCCCGCCGUGGCCUGGCUCCAGCGCGAGCCGCAGCACGCCUACAUGGUGGACCACUGGAACACCGGCUUCAACGCCGACCCCGCGCAGUUCCCCCCCAGCGCCAAUACUUCCUCCAUCUCCGAGCUUCUCGGUGGCUUCUUCGAGUAUUACUCCAUUUUCAAUUUUGACGAAAUGAUUGUUUGCCCGUAUCUCGGCUUUCCCAUCAAAAGAGAAAUAUUCAAAGACACGGCGACUGUACCGAAAGAAUUCGACCUCUACAAGAACAAUGUGUUAAACAACUACGUCAUGCCGAUGAGGUAUCAGACCGCGAUGGUCGUGCAGGAUCCUUUUGAACAAUGCCAUAACGUUGCUUCCACGAUCACAAGUAAAUUAGCUCUGGAUAUCAAGACUUACUUCAAAUUUUGUGCUAACGCAUACGAGAAGGAGAAAACGAAUGCAUGUCAAGAUUUCCUUAAAAUUAUUCUAUUGCAGAAACCUAAACUGAUUCGUGGAAAAACUCAUCCUGAAUACAGAGUAAACUUGUUCCCUAGAAUAGUAAAUACCAUAAUUAGCUUCGACUGGAAGUCGGUAGUGAGAGACAUGGUGAUGGAGAUAUUUGAGAACAUGUUAAAGAUCAAGCUCGGCAAGGUCGAGGAGAAGGUGAACCCCGAUACUAAGAAAGAAAAGGAGAAGUAUAGCGGUGCAAUUACUAAACCCAUAUGGAAGAGGAAGUCUUUCUCCAGGCUCUACAACCAAAUGGAUUUGACAUUAGAGGAGAGACAAGGAAGGAUCACUCAAGAAGUGAUUAAUGUAGAAAAGCAGGAUGUUAAUGUUCAGUUCCAGUUGACCAUGACUUACUGUCAUGAGCCAAAAAGCGCCGUCAUCUCUAUAAGGCUCGGAUCUGGGGAUCUCGACGCAUUCAGAGAAUUUGGCAAGUUCUUUAUAUCAGUGACGCAGAAUUGGGUAACCGAGUUAUUAAAACCUUUCUCGAUGCCCAAUUGCAAGGACACCGCCACUAAAAUAGCAGAAACCUUAGAAGCCAACAACCAUACUAGUGAAAUUGAUUCCGAUGACGAUGAGGAAGAAAUCGUACUUUUGCCGAAGUCACAUCGAACUACUAAACCUAACGGGCCAGACGCCACAGACACAACUAGUAGCACAGCUGUAUCGUCGCCACAAUCGAGAUCACGGGCGCAAAGUGCCAUGGAGAUAUUAACAGACAGAACCAAAAAUUGUCUGAUAAUUAAAGCCGACCCUCAAAAUAACGAACCUUUAACAAAUAAUAGUAAUGAAACUACACCAAGGAGCACAACAGAAGUGGUCAGUAACAAUACAGACGAUCCCUCUAUCAAAGGGGCAGAUAUCUUUUUGCCGAAUAGCACAGAAAAUUCGACUAUAAAUACAGAAAAUUGUAAUAAAAAAGACGUAACUUUGACAAAAAAUGUAGAAAAUUUCUUUAAAAACGCCGAAAGUUUGGUAUCAAGCGAGGCGGGCGCCAGCAACAAGGCCACGCCCGCGCCGGUAGCCACCGGCAGUGACGUGACCAUCGCCUGCGCGCUAAAGUGA